AUGAAUGAUAACCUUACAGCUCCGGUCUCCGAAUGGGAGAUCAAACUGGCGCUCUUUGCUAUGCAUCCGGAAAAGGCCCCAGGUUUAGAUGGGAUGACUGCACUUUUCUAUCAGAAAUUCUGGGAUAUAGUAAAGGAGGAUUUGACUCUUAUGAUCAAUAAAUUCCUUUUCGAGGGGACAGUGGCGACUGGACUGAAUGAUACAAAUAUAUGUCUCAUCCCGAAGAUAACGAGGCCUAAUGAUAUGGCUCAGUUUAGACCCAUUAGCUUAUGUAAUGUUAGUUACAAGAUAAUCUCUAAGGACAUGUUCCACGCUUUCAGAACUAAACCUAGUGGACGCAGUAAGAGGAUGGCCAUCAUCAAGAUAGACAUGAGCAAGGCAUAUGACAGGAUGGAAUGGUCCUUUAUUGAAGCUGUCAAGAUGGGGUUCUCAGAGACAUGGUUCACCUGGAUAAUGCGGUGUAUUACGUCGGUGAAAUAUAAGCGGAUUAAUGCGACUACUAGACAAGAGCUUAAAGAUGUGCUUGGAAUACAGAACGAGGGAGGAAUGGGAACCUAUCUUGGUAUCCCAGAAGACAUAAGUGGUUCCAAGUGCAAACUUUUUGCAUUUCUAAAGGAUAAGUUGAUGCAUAGAGUGAAUGGAUGGACAUGCAGAUGGCUCUCGAAAGGUGGGAAGGAAGUGCUGAUAAAAUCCAUUUUACUCGCUCUACCGACAUACAGGAAUACACUGGCAAAAUGGGAAAAAGUUUGCUUACCAAGAGAGGAGGGUGGGAUCGGUUUCCGGAUGAUCCAUGAGUUCAACAUGGCGCUAUUGGCAAAACAACUAUGGAGGCUAGUUCAAUUCCCGGACUCUUUGGUUGCACGGGUCUUGAGAGGAAGGUACUAUAGAUUGAGUUCUCCACUAAGAGCGAACACUGUUACCAGCCCAUCCUAUGUGUGGACAAGCAUUUCUGCAGCAAGGAAGUUGUUAUUACUCGGGAUUAGACAGAAGAUACAUUCAGGGUAUGAAGUCAAGGUGUGGGAGGACCCGUGGGUUCCAACGACCCCUGCGAGACCAGCUAUCCCCAUAGCGCCAGUUAUGCACCCGAAUAUGAGAGUCAUCGAUAUUAUUAACCAGGUAUCGAAGGAAUGGGACAUUGGUCUAUUGGAGAAUUAUGUCAGUCUUGAGGACAUACCUCUCAUAAGGAGUUUAGCUGCUGGAACUACACAAGAAAUGGCCAAUACACGGUUAAAUCUGGAUAUUGGGUCGCUCAGAAUGUAUUAA